AUGGACGCCUACUCCCCCAUGCAGCGCUUUCUCUACCUCAAGGACGGCUAUUGGGCCCUCUCUCCGCAACUUCUAUUGGACCACGGGAUCAAAAUCCAUCUGAUGUGGCAGGAGGCAGGGGACAUCGCCCUGAACGGAGCGCACAAGAAUCACUACGUGGUUUCGCCUGGAAAGACGCUGGCAGUGGCUUUCAACGUGGGACAUGGAGAAGGUGUUGCGACCUGCACACCUCCCCACAACCCCGUCGAGCGGACAACCCGGUUCUUCGCCAAGAAAAGUCUGGGCCACUCCUGGACUGAGUACUCGUGGCUACAAGGCUGGAACCCGUGGACGUUCCUAGAAGCGGUGUUCAACAACAGCUUCACCGACAAUCUGUCCAGCCCCGCAGUGGCGGCCACCUACCACCACGGGUUGCUGCAGUACGCACGGGGGGAGAUCGGCCUAGCGGAUCAGCCUUGGUUUAUCGACAUUCUAAAGCGCUUGGAAAAGCGUUCAGAAGUCGCUGCUUCCAAGGAGGUGACGGUUGUGGCUUCCGGAUCCGUUGCUUCUCCAGGAACCGAGUUGCCUUCCACCAGUGAAACGAACAACUGCGUGCGCGGCGCUUCGGAAGGAAUGCUGCAGAUGGACAAGUCCGGGCCAGCCGUCGACGAACCUGCCGCCGCGCAGACCACCGCCAAACCCCCCCCACAAGCAUCCGGACCCGCGACAGCAACACGCCGCGGCAACAUCAUGCCGCUCGUGGACGAACGGCCGGCCAACACUUCCCUCCUCAAACCAGCCUGCUUGGCGUCGCGUUCACGCCCGGGCAGCACUAAGCUUCUCGUCGAUGUACGGGCGGCCAACAGUGGAACAAACAACUUGAUGGUGGGCGCUGCAGAAGGAACGUUGCAAGCAAACACGUCCGGGACAGCCGUCAACCAACCUGCUGCUGCGCAUACAACGGCCAAUGACCUUUUGGAAGCAGCCGGCCCGUUGACACGAGCACGGCGCCGCAACAACCCCAUGCCGCUGGUGAAUGAGCCGCCGACCGACAGUGCUACGGUUGUUCUGGCGGGAGAAGGGGCACGGGAGGACGCAUCCGGGCCUGCUGUCGACCUUGCCGCCAAGAAGCCGUCCGUUGCGAAAGCGGCUACUAAAUCUGAAACAAGGCAGCCCACGCACAUCCGGUUCGACAUGGACUCGGAGGAUGAACGAGCAGAGGAGACCGGUGGCACGUAUGAUUUGGCGGCCAGAGCAACGGAAGUAGUAGUGCGGGAGGACACCUCGGGGCCCAGCGUUGAUCCCGCUGCCAACCAGCCAGCCGCUGCCAAAUCGACCUCCACUGACCUAACGGACGGGGUUGUAGAACCGAGCGAAGGCCCUGCAGGGGCAUCCAAGCGGAUGCUAGGAGAGGACGACCCUACGACCUCUCAUCGACCGUCUCAAGUGCCAGUCAUUCGUGAAAUAUCCAUCAUGCCGGGAGGAGCGGUCAGGGGAGCAUCGCCAAACGGCACGUCCGAGGCAACCGUUGAUCCACCGGCGAGAGCGCAAAUGCCUGCCGGUAGCACCGAAAAGGCGGCCGUUUUGGAAAAGGGAGCGCCAAGGAGAAGCACCAUCAACGUCGAGUUUACGCCGAGGGAGUGGCCGUCAAAUAUGAUGAUAUGCAUGGACAUGAACUGCAAACGCCGUCAUGUGGGCACAACAAGACUUCACAUGAAAGAACCGACCCCCAUCGUCGCCGAGGGCGGGAUCCAGGGCUUGGGCAAGCAGCUGCUAGUGGCCAACAAGAAGAGGUCGGUCCUGCGAGCUCUCGCGGCAGCGGGGGAUAUGGCCUCGCUGAUUGAGAAAGAGCGGCUGUCUCUAAGGAGGCGUAAAGAAGCUAGCGUCCCAAGGGAAGAGACUUAUCGGGCCACCGAAGAGGCACGCGUACCAGAGCCAACUCGGAAACAGGACCCCCCGGCCGUCGAGCCAGAAGCUGCAGACAGGGAGUUGGCCAGCGGAGGAACCCUUCCUGAAGCGCUAUGA